GUUUCAUUUUCCCCUUUUGCUUUUUUAAUUCCUCUUUUGGGGUAGAGUUGAUUAUAGUUUUUGAAAGUUCUUGUCGUGAAUCAGGUUUCGCUAUAAACUUUGGGGAUUUGAAUCUUCACUUGAGCUUUCUUUUUCUGUCUUUGACAAUCUAUCUUGCUUCUUUUUUUUCACUUCUUCGGCUUCUUCUUUUCUUUUGGGUCGUGUUCCCUGGAUACCACUUGCCAUCUGCCGCAUUCGGUGCCAUCCGCAGAGUCCCGCAACGGUACUCGUCAAUUGCAUUCCUUGCAUUUUUUUUGAGAUCAGAUCCCAACAAUUUGCCCACGACGCUUGCUGUGGCUAUACUGGUCCUUGAGCUAUAACCUUCUACUCUCGCCCCAGCUAGACCGACUGCUAUCGUAUCUAUAUCGUGAAACCAGGCGCUCCCACGACCCGCCCCUGCGCCUCAACACUCGGCCUAUCCGUCCAUGAUCUACAGAACAUUAACGCUCAAUUAAGUGCUGGUCUCUCGACUCGGCCUCGCUCUUGUCAACCGAGUCCUACGAUUCGUGUUUCGAUCAUUUUCUCCCCGAUCAAAGACAAUUGGACAAUCGGUUUCCAUCCCGAGAUACAAAGGAAAGAAGAAGCACGAUAGUGCAGGUCGAUAGUGCAAAGAAAACCACAUCCGUUCACCAACCGUUAACCAGAGGAGGAGAUUAUCCCUAUCAAAAUGCCUCCGGAUGGCUCGUCCUUCACGACCCUGAAUCUCCCACCAACAUUCACCCUCCCGCAAUGCAUGGAAUACUUCGAACUCACAGCGGGCCCCAACACGGAUCUAUGGCGCAAGCCACCCAACGGCGACACCUCCACCGCCCCAAUCGUCUUCACAUCCCUCCGCCACCCCUUCGUCGUGGCCGAAGUCACCGUCAGCGCCGACUGGGAAAUGGAAUGGGACCAGGGCGGGCUGGUGAUAUUCGCCGGGGCGGCACCACAAUCGUUCGCAUCGGAUACACCGGGUACGGGUAGUGGGCACGUACUCCCCGCGACACGCCGAUCACCCGCCCAACCCCCGUGCAAAUGGGUGAAAGCCGGGAUGGAAUUCUCGUCAGGGACGGUCAAUGCUUCGUCCGUGAGUGCCACGGCCGACGGGGCGGAUUGGUGUUUGUCACCGUUAGUGCAGAGCGUGUCCGGUCCCGCGAUUCAAUCGCUCAGAAUUAAGCUUGAGCGCGUUGGUCAUGCGCUGUGGAUCUGGUAUCAGGUUCCCUCUGCGGCGCCGUACGGGCUGAGUCCUGGGGCGGUGGGGAGUACGUGGAAGAAGUUGAGGGAGGUGACGUGGUUCUUCUAUGGGGUUGAGGAUAAGUUUGUCCAUGUGGGGGUUUAUGCGAGUCGGCCGACGAAUAUUGCGCGAGGGCAGACGAUGUGGGAUGCCAUGCAUGGACUGACGCUGGAGAAUUCAUCGGCGGCUGGGACGUCGGAUGGGUUGGUUGUUGAGUUUGAAGACCUGGAAAUCUUCUAAACUGUCCGAUGGUUUCCUUCAUCUUUUUUUUUUUUUUUUGCUUGUCGACUUUUUCUUCCUUGCGAUCCUCUCUUCGAUGUUAUUUUUUUUCACUUAGGUGAAACCGAUGCUUUGGUCUAUGUGGUGUUUCUGGCUACCCUUGAUGCUUUUGAUACCUUCGUCCUUUCAGCGUUUAAGCAGGCGAGACUUGUGGCAUGAUCGGUGUCGAUUUUGACUUGAAUUUUAAUUCGUUUUUAAGCUUAGAUAUCUCUGGUCAGCAAGUCUAUAAUCUUAAAUGUUUCUCUAAUAGAACCAAUCAACUUGGUUUAAAUUGGAUGAUAACUGCUGCACUCUUCU